CCGAGACGAACAGUUGUGUAGCGACGAGGGCGUGGUUCCGGUCUAUAAAUGGCCGAGCGGAGAGAUGAAGUGGCGGCGCGCAAAAGUAUAAAUACCGAAGCCGCGGUUCCAAAUGCGUUUUUUUUUUUCGUUGUCUUUCUUCAGAACAGCCGGCCGUGCGACUUUUAAACCGUCGCAGUGCAUCGUUAUAUUAUAAAAUACGUUCUUCCCGAUAACAUUACACACAAUAGGUGCAUUGUACACUGUUCGGAUUUUCGACAGGAACGCUUCGUUUGACGUAUUAUAAAUCGGCUACGUUUUUUCCCUCCCUCCCCCCCCCGUCUCGAUAAACCCGUAAAAAUGAGCAAAAUUCCAGCGGUGGGUAUCGAUCUGGGCACCACGUACUCGUGCGUGGGCGUGUGGCAGCACGGCAAGGUGGAGAUCAUCGCGAACGACCAGGGAAACCGGACGACGCCCAGCUACGUGGCGUUCACGGACUCGGAAAGGCUGAUCGGCGACGCGGCCAAGAGUCAGGUAUGCACACACAAAUAAUAUACGAGCUUAAGACGCAGGUUUUCAGAUACCUGUUAGAUAGGUACCUGAUAAUGGUAUAGUCGCGGUGAAGGACGGACAACAAUAAUAGCGUAAUAUUAUAGUAUUAUAAUGUGCACGUGUCGAGAGACUUCGCGGGACCUUCGCGACGGGAAAACGCCGGAACGAAAACCCAUCGCGCAUGUUUAUAUUGUUAAUUACACGAAUUUUGAUUUAUCGUAUUUUUUCCUUCGUUUUACGCAAUUAUAUAGUUGAUUUUAACACCACAGUGGCGUAAUUAAUUCUUUCUUACGGGUGGGGGGGGGGGGAAAUUAAUUUUCACCCACUCUUAAAAUAUUUCUAUUUAAAAUUCUUUUAAACUGUAACGUUGCAACGUUAAAAUUCUUUUAAACUGUAACGUUGCAACUACAGUUUUAUUAAUAGACACGGGAAUCGGGCUCCAUACAAGAAAUGAGACAUUUUUAUAACAUUUAUAAUGCGUGUUAUACAUUUAUGAUACCUCCGAUUUUUCAUAGGAGAGAAUCUCUCAAUGAUAUCCCCUGGUAUACUUAUUUCCUGGUAUAUAUGCAACAGUGCAAGCUAACAUAAAUGAUCAUGGCACAUUUAUUUUGUAACUAGAAAUCAAUGAUAAAGGACAACGGUUGAACCGCCAAAAAGAAAUGAUAAAACCAGUCAAGGCUCGACUAUAGAUAACAGAAAUAUUUUGAUAUCUAUAGAUGUGACCAUGCUAUGAACUACUUCAUGAACAAAAAAAAUUCAAAAUAAUUCUACAAAGACAAAAAACAAAUAACACAUAUUGUUAUACAGACCACAGGGGUUGGGCGAAUGCCCACUCACAACUCGCCUCAAAGUACGCCACUGUAACACCAUUUUAUUUAUAAAAUUCGUAUAAAACAGAAAUAUUAUUACGAUAAUAAAAAAGCCAUUCCUGAAUUUGUGAAUGCGACGCUAAAUUAUUGUUUUGAAUAUUAUUAUUACAGAAAUAUCAUUUAAGUUUGUUUGUUUGUUUUUUUUUUAAUGAUUAUAAAUUUAUUCGGUGCCAAUUUAAGCAGAACGUAAAUUUAAAAUUGUACAAAUUAUUAUUUAUAAUAUAAAAUUGUAUCGUAGCUCUAAAUAACUCAAUUUGACACGCCAUUGCCAUCAUAAAAACUAUUAAUAAUUCAUAGUUUAAUCUAAUCUAUUCAACAGUUUAAUUUAAUAAUUUAUAAUAAAUCAGCUCUUAUAUUUUUAUGCACGUGCAGUGAAACUGUGGUCAACGAGACAAUUCAAUUUACGCACCUAUCUUUAUUUCGGACUUAAGUAAUUUAUUUCGUAAAAACAAAUCAAAAUUAAAAUACACACAAACAUAAAAUAUGAAUCAAGUUAAGAGUAUAAUUGAGCCAAAAGUAUAUUGGAGAGUUAAUGGGUGGGAAGAUCGCCCCUAUCUCUCCCUGUAUGUAUCCGUUAUUGGGUAUAAAGGUUUUGUCAAUGGCUAUUUUUAGUGAAUUUUUAUAGUUUAUAGUUCACACACACACAUGUAUUUGCAGGGAUGCAUUUAGGACGGGGAGAGCGAUUUUGAAAAUUCAUAUAGUGCACACAUAAACGAUAGAAAUCAAGCUAAGCGUAUGUCGGGGCUUAAAGUUUAUUUGGAAGGGAACAGGGGAGGAAAAACCUCCCCCAUUUCCUCUCCUCUGAAUCUAUAUUUUAAUUUGAUGUCAACGACUGUGAGGGAAAUGGCGAAUGUAAUUGGCAAUUGUCAAUAAUAAAAACGCAAGUGACGGGUGCACAUUUUUCGUAAUGCACUAUAUGUGUCGUAAUGCACACAAAAAUACGGCCACUGGAAGAAAUUAUUUGUGUACCAACAAAUUAUUGAUACGGUCGUAUAUUUUACAAUAUUGUAAGUUUAUUGAUUUUGAAAACAGAGUUGUAUUGUGUUAGCAACAUACGAGGCACGGAAUUAUGUAUUAUAUCAAAACGAAAUCUUAAUAAUAUGAACAGGAUAUCCGAUUGUUUUAUAUUAUUUAUCGUUCGUUUACUAAUAAUAAUAAACUUGUAUAAAUACAACAAAAUCUUGUUCACAAUACUUUCGUAAAGCACCGUUAUCGGCGUUUUCGGUUGUGCUGAACGAAACUGAAAACCAGCGCGUAGGCAUAUUAUACAUACGCUUAAUUAUAAAAAUCGACGAAGAAACAGAAAAAAAAAAAAAAAAAUGAAACAACAAACCGGACAAAAAUCUAAAUUGUAUAACGUUCUUGGACCGCCGCCGUUGUGGUGUAUAGUUUUUACGCGAUGUGGGUCGAAAGUGACGUCCAAGAGAUGAUGCACAAAGUAGUUUAAAAUAGCUAUUUUUAGACACACUAUUAAAUAAUAUACAAAUUAUCGUAUGUUCUGCAAGGUCAACGGUAUUAUUUGUUAUCGUGAAAGCGAGGGAGAGAAAAGCGCUAACGAUUGUCGAAUGCAAUUGUGUCGAUUUGGAUCCGUUUUUACUAUCAAAUUGUUCAUCCAUGUAUUGUAUUUCCUUGACGUUCGUCGUGUUUAAAGUUCGUGUUUUUCUAAAUAAAUAAUGUGUUGGAUAUUUAAUUUGCUCGGAACCACAAAAGAAAAACGUAUACAUAAGACCAGUGGCGUAUUUGAGGGGGGAGGGAUGCGAGGGGUGUAUCGCCCUCCCCCACAGAUUUCGGCUUUUAUCGUAAUAACAUAUGCAUAUACAUUAUUUUUAUUUUUUUGUAUAUUAAUUAUAGUUUAUAUCUAUAAACUAUUUUUUUUUUAUUUGUCAAGGAGAGGAAUUAUAAAAAAAAAAAUAACUGUUGCUGUUUUUGGGACAUGGAAAUCCCUCGCGAUAUUUUGUGGUGUAUUACAAUUUUUAAACCGCCCCUUUUUGAUAGAGCUCCAGAUACGCCACCGCGUUGCAUCAAUGUAAUAUAAGCAAUGUUAUGACUUAUCUAAAUAAUGUUUUCUUUUAUCUUCCUGUUGCAACAUUCUAAACAAUAGCCACAAAAAAAUAAAACAAAAACUAAUUCCACUUAUCUAUUAUAAUAUAUCAAAAAUAUUAUUUAAAUAUUUGUUAUCUAAUUUUGUCUUUAUCAUCUUUACCGAGAUGACUUCUAACUAAAAUUUACUUAUCUGCGUGUUAACACGGGAUAUUGGGUCAAGACGACGAAAUAAUAUUGGGUUUUACUCCGAAAUACCCCGAAGAAUAGCACGAUAUGAUUAACUAUAUAGAUGGUAAGGCGGAUGGAAGAAAGAGAACCGCAGGGCGUCCACGUACCAAAAUCUUUAUUAUGUUAUAGAACAAAAGAUUAUAGGAAAAAACGAUGCACAUGAGUCGACAUUUCUAAGGAUGUAUAAGAGAACAGGCGAAAAAUCUAAUAAAUAAAACAGAGAAUUGGAGAAAUAGAGUGAGUAGUAGAUCAAUAACUUACGGGUUUAUUAAAAAAAAAAAAAAAUUUCCCGUAGUUUGACCCCCGAAAAAACGAACACGUCAUUUGAAUAAUUAAUGGACUAUUAUAAAUGUAUAAAUAUUUAUAUAACCCACACACGUUAUAAAUAAUAAUUAUCGUCCUCACCCACACGACCACACGACAAUCUUGUAGUAGUAUUUUAGCAACGAUACGAGACUACGAAAAUAUCCCGAUGACACACGUUAUAAUAAUAAUAAUAUUAUUUUUAUUACGGUUUGGUCAGUUGGAUUUCGCGCGUCUGGAAGCGGUUUUUUCUACGCGGGAAUGUUAAAAAACGUUUGGACCAGCAGUCAUUUCACGAAUCAAGAGCUCGGUCAAGUACGAAGGAGAAACUACAUAUUGUAUACGAGAGAAAUUUUCUCACCCCUAAUAAUAUUUCAAAUAAAAAUGUCCCUCAUCAAAUUUGUCAAUUUUAAUACAUUCCACGCGUAACGUAUUAAAUUCGUUUGUUAUGGGUAAAACCGAAAUCAAGCCAACCAGAAAUGCCCGGACCAAAGUGUCUUCGCAACUUGGGCCAAACGUCAUAUUUUGACUUUUGUCUGGCCGAAUAAAGUUUUUCGCAGUAGGUAGUAUCUUCUUCUUUUUUGUUUUUAAUAUUAUGUAUAAAUAACGAUAAAAUAAAACCAGUGCAACGGUCGUUGCGAAAGUAAACAAAAAAAGCGUAGAGAACAUUUUAUAUUUUUCGAACAACAACGUUCCCAUUUAAACACAUGCAAAACGGCUCAUGGUUUUUGCGCACGUAUAGUUAUGAAACUACAGAAUAAAUUGACUUCUAAAUUAUGUCAAAACAUUGAAAAUAUUGUAAGAUACUGACAGGUGCCUAUUUCUAAUUUCAUGCAAAUCGGUUAAAUAGAACGGAAGUUAUGGGCAUUAAUGUUCAGAAUUUUCACCAAAAAAAGAUAUCGAAGCGGACCAAUAGGCUUAUGCGUAAAUUAAAAUUUCCUUUAGGUGUUGCUAGGAUGUAAUCCGAAAAUAUUCUGAAAUAAUAAUAAUAAUAAUAAUGUAAAACUAACAGUAGAUCAACUAAGAAAAAAAUAUUUUAAACAAUAUUUUCUCAGUGACGCAUCACUGAGAAAAACAUACAUGUUGAGAUUAUUUGCGAAAAAGAGGUGAUAUCGCAACAAAAAUACUUCGCCUACAGCUACGUGUAAAAAAAUAAGGCUAAGUAAAAAAAAAAAAAAAAACCACCAGUUAUUACGUAUCUCGUAAGUGUUCGUCAUCAUAAAGUUGUGACAUCAUUUGCGGUGCUGAGUUAAAUUUUCGAUUUACUUGACGAAAGCAAAUACAAUUUCCUAAACAGAUUUCCAGUGCACGGAAAUAUUUGGUUUCUGAUAUACAGCGAUGACGGAAUUCCAUUUUUUGUUUUUAUUUUAUAGAAUCUAUCAUCAGUAGACAGUAAUACACUAUAUAUUAUUUGAAUCGACCAUUUCUUUAUCAACAAAAAGCACUGGCAUUUUUGAUGUCGUCUGGAGUGUUGGAGGUGGUCGUUUAUAAACACGAUUAAAUUCCAGGAACGGUACAUUUGCCCACACCGCCAGAUGCAAAUCAGAGGUCGACCGCGGCGUGUUUACCGAAACAUUAUUAUGCAAUCAUUUGACACCCGAUGGUAAUAUUGUUUUCGUUUUUUAUAUUUUAAAUAUCGUUUUCGGGCGCGGCGACGACUGGCGACUGCCGUUUAGGCCUGAUUCGCGGAUUGUUACCAAAUCCGGAGCGCGUUGACAACGACUCCGACGUUAAUAAUAGUCAUCCGGGACAAUAUUGUUAUAGUAUAUUGACCCAGACGCGCGUGCCCAUAGAUGGAGCCACCGCGCAUUGGCGAGCCGCGUACGCGCCGCCGGUGAUUCACCGCCACCGCCACCGCGCCGGUUCCAUAUUCGUAUACGAUGCGCGCCCGAUCGCGUUCGAUCGCGAAACGAAAAAGCCGGACAUACAUUUCACCUUAUCCGGGCCGCGCAUUAACGUUAUUUACUUGAAACGAGCCUCGUUGGAAUUCUCUGAUUCGUUCUUGGAGCCCGUUGUUCGAGCUCGGCACUUACAGCAUUCAAUAUGCAUAAAGCAGUAUUUGAAAAGAGCUUUGAAAAAAAAAAAAAAAACACUAUUUAACAAAGCAAAAAUCGCAGAGGGAUUUAAAAGUCCGUUCUCCUACCGCUGUAACUGAUUGAAUAACAUACUAUUCUAAUAAUACACGAAUGAUUAACCCAAAGUAAUUCUAUUUAAAAUAAAUUGUACGCGUUUUCAAAAAAAUUAAUGUGUUUUUUUUUUUCAAGGGUUUUUGGUGGAUUUUAAGCGUUAAAAGUACUGAUAUUUGUUUAUGACACAUUUAUAAUAUCGAUAAAAUGGACAAAAAUAAUACAAAAUGAUACUCUUUAAGUGUUUUUUACCGUUGGGCCGAACCCGAUAUUGCUCCACCAAAGUCAGUGUCACAUUUGUAAACGUAAAACCUAUUAGAUAGCAAAUGAAAAGCCACCGCGGAUUUAGACAAAGCUGAGGGAAAACUUAACCAGCCCGUUGGUCCAAACCUGAUUAAGUUCCGGGGAAAUUAUUGUGCAUCCUAAGUUUCCUAACUCUUAAGCGGAAACAUAACACCUAGUGUGUGGACCGUUUCAAGAAAUUUUUUGAGAUCAACUAUAUGAGCCUGUAGGGGAUAUCAAAUUUGGAUAUUUUUUUUUAUAGAAAAUUAAUAUACUGGAGAAAUCGAUUUCGAUAAUGUUAUUUGUGAAUUUAAAUAAUGAAAAGUACAAUUGUGAUUCUGAAAAACUUGUACCUACCUAUGGUUUUUGCACAAUGCUCUUUCGUUUAAUACUAUUUAAUUUUUUUUUUUUUUUUUACUUCAAACGAAUAAACACACGCUUGUCUAAAAAUUUAAGAAAAAACAGCUUAACAUUUUUAAAAUCGUACCGAAGAACUGUACCUUUUUUUUGGGAUAUGGGGGGGGGGGGAGGGGCAAACAUUGAAAUUUGCCUCGGGCGCCCGAAGAUUUUGCUACGGUUCUGUCUGUGAACGUGUAUAAUUUUCGAACAGUUAUAAUGUCGCUUCGUAGGAUCUAUUGCUGGCAAACGUUCAGCGAAUGCUCGGCUUUACGUAAAUAUUAUUUAUGCGUAAACAUAAACGUUCCCGACUAGAUUACAUAUUAUACGCGCGACGAGAACACACGCGCAGUUACGUCCGUUCGUACAGCACAGCUGUACGGUGGGUGUAUGCGAGACGAACGCGAUUGUUUUUAUUAUUUUUCGUUCGCCAAUAGGGAGUAUAACCAAGCGCCGCCGUGACUUUUGGCAGAACGGACGCGGUCGUAAUAACAAUAACAACAACGGUGCUCGACCCGCAACAAGUAUUUGUUUAUUGUUACGGGCGAUUCGUGUGCGCCGCCAGGACUACGAUUUAAAUUUAAACGAAAAAAAAAAAAAAAUAACUAUUAUUUUAUUUAUUCGUUUGACUCGCGAUAGACGCCCGUGACACGGCAACGGAACAAGCGUAAAUUAAAAUCGGAGCUUACGCGGAUAACAUAUGAACUACCGGCAAACAAUCGCGGUUUACAAUCGACACCGUGGUAUCUAAAUCUCCCAGCCAUUCAAUUGCGCCCGCGGUAAUUUUAUUUUGGGUUCUACUAGACCGCCUGGCAACGGUCUUAUUGGACAUUCUACCGCCGUUCCAAGCACCGGAAGGAAAACAGACGAUUUUUCCCCCGCCGUUUUUUGAUUUUCGACUCCAUUUUUUUUUUUUUUUAAAAUAAAAGCACUUAUGUGGGGGAAACAAACGUGGGGAAACGUACAACCUCACGAUCACAUUAUUCUAUAAAAACACGGACGACGUUUUCUACCAGAAAAAAUGAUUUAAUCGAAGUAUCACAAGAUAUCGUUUUCGUUUCCGUUUUGAAUUACUUUCUCACGGCAUUAUCGCCAAAACUUUUGGGCGACUUUUGAUCUUUUAAGGAAUUUUAAAUUUUGGGAGUUUUUUUUCUGUAAUUCGGUUAUAAAUACACGUAGACACUUGAAACUUGGUAAUGAUACUCAUAUUAGACUCACCUAGACGUGGUAACAUUUCCGACAUCUUCGAACGAAUUUUUUUUAAUAAGCGUUUUGAAAUGAAAUUUAAACGAAAAUCGCAAAAAAAAAAAAAACAAUGACGGUACUUCAAAUUAUGUAAUAAUAAACUGCGCUCGAAAUCGUCUUUCGUCUUUCGUCGAAUGGUUUAUCGUUGCUUAUAAAUUUAAAUGAACUAACCUUAUGUACCCUACCUUGCCAACUUCUCAUUUAUAACAGUGGUCGCUUUCAUCCCUAGUAUCAGCUCUUUUUUAAGUUUUUUUUAUCAAAUCAUAAAAAAUCAAUUGCAAUACAAAUAUAUGUAGUGUUAAUUCCUGUGAGUAAUAAUAAAAAAAAAAAGUAGACUUUGAUUAUCUUCAUUAUCUCCGGAGAUAUUACAGUGGGUAUAUCUUCGUAGGACAUUUUAUAUUUUUUAGCAUACUUAUUUUAUAAUAGUUAUGCGUUAUGGUAAAAUAGAUGUGAGCUUUUCCCCUACAUAUAUAUCACGGUUGGAAAGACGGGUUUCAGGAAAAUAUUAGUGGCGCAACUGUGUACAAAUAAUUAAGCUGCUGUUGCCGGGUCUUUAAUUUAAUUAAUUACGCGCACAAAAGCCGAGUUUGAAAGAGUUCUUAAAAUUAUGGCUGCCUUUAUUGACCUCACUCCGUUACUUAUGAUACAAUACAGCGUACGAGACUGAUUAGAAAACGUAUACACGAAAUCCGAUGUAAAAACAAUUAGUAGAAAUAUGAAGAACACGUUGAGUAAUAAAAUGUACAUAUUAUGUACAAAUUUAUUGGCGAUAAAAAAAAAAAAAAUCAGACAAAGUUUAUUGAACAAUGGAUUAUGACAAAGGUCUGCAAUUGCACCUUUGCUGUUCAAACUUUAAACCCGCGUUAUCCCGACGACAAAAGCGAGAAAAUUCCUAUAAUAUGCUAAUGAUAUUUGUCUAGUAUCCUAAGAAUCAAGAUAUAAUAAUAAUUACAUUUCCGACGGUGUUUGAACCCGGAAACUUUUAGCUUCGUUCGCUACCGAUCGAUAUCAAUUAAGAACACGACCGACAAAUGAUUUAAUUCAAUACCCUAUAAUAUUGUAAUGAAUGACGUUAUGCAAAAAAGCAAUCGUACAAAAACAGUGUAAAAAACAAGAUUCGAGUAGUACAAUACAUAAUACAAGAUAAUCAAUACAACGUGAGACGCUCGUAAUCACAGAAAACAUUUUUUUUUCGUAAUUUGUUUUUUAAAAAUCAUAAUUUCCCGGUAGCUCUGAAAUAUUUGAUUGCAUAGUUCAUAAAUAGUUGAUAAAUGUUGGAAAAUUAAAUCAGUUUAAAUUUGUAAUUUCUAUCAAUCCGUUGACUUUGAAACUUUCAAGAAUCGGUUGGGGGAGAGUUAGUCAGUGGGCCGUUGUUUGUGUGGCGGCAUUUCUACCUAUACCUAAAAGUGGAAUAUUUCAUCAACGGGUUGACGGAAAUUAAAAUCUUCAACACGGAAAUAUGUUUAAAUACUAAUACUCCGGCUAUUUACGGUAUUUUUAAUAUCGGUUGCCGUUUGAAAAUCAAAAAUAGGCAGUGGUUUUACUUCCAAAACCAAGGGUGACAACGAAUAACGUAAAUGUAAAAUUUUUUAAAGUGGUUUGUUUAUUAAAAUGUCUAAAAACGAAUUCCGAACAACAUUAAUGUUUUCCAAAAUAAAGAGCGUCUAUGAUGAUUAUCCUAUACAUGUUUAUUAGUUAGUUAUACAAAUUAUAUACGUUUAUAGAUGCGAUUAGUGGGAUGUCAUAUUAUUCGGUAACAAUCCUCAUCAAGUACAAUUGGUUCCAAACAAAAACAACGUACAUAUAAAUGUUAGGUAUGCCAUAGUGACUUUGAAAUUUCUAUAAUCUAAAUUUUAAGUUUUAUUGAUAAAAACCUCAUUUGUUUAAUAAUAGUGACACCUUAGUUUAUAUGUAUUCUUAUUGUUUCUUAUAGUUUAUAUGUAUUAUUAUUUUUAUAUUUGUUUGAAUACAAUAUAAUACGCGCUGAAAAAAAAAAUUAAUACCAUGCGUGUUGUUGAUGGUAUUGUAACAUUUUCGGAACCAAACGGUUCAGCUAUCAGAUUUCAUGAAAUACGUGCCACUGGCCAACAUUCUCUCGUGCUCCCCUAAACUUUAACUAUAAUAAUAAUAAUAAUAAUAUUGAUAUAUUCCGUACGCGCAGGUGGCCAUGAAUCCGCGGAACACGGUGUUUGACGCCAAACGUUUGAUCGGCCGCAAGUUCGACGAUCCGAAAAUACAAGCGGACAUGACGCACUGGUCGUUCCAAGUGGUCAGCGACAGCGGUUUGCCCAAAAUUGCCGUCGAAUACAAGGGCGAGAGGAAAAUAUUCGCCCCGGAAGAAAUCAGUUCGAUGGUGCUCACGAAAAUGAAGGAAAUCGCCGAAGUCUACCUGGGCGGAAAGGUACCGAAUAUCAAUAAUCACCGAUAAUUACAUUGAAACUGAAUGUCCCGUACGGCUUUGCCCGCGUGCAUAGUAUAGUAUUGAACGGGGGGGGGGAGGAAUAUAUAAAAACGUAUCUCUCCGUGAUUCCCGUUUCUACCCCGUACCUGUCUCAGGUAAUACCCACGAUAUUGCCCGUUAACUCGUCUUUUUUUUUUCAUUCGUGACGUCAAAGUAAUCAAUAAAUCAAUAUAAGUUAUUCGAUUUUCGUACUAAAAAUACCAACAACCACGUGUCUGCCCCCCCCCAUAAGGGUUGAAUACGGGGGUGAGGCAUUGCCUGUAUGUUGUUCAAUGUCUAGAACUACGUCAAUGCAACGUUUCAGUUUUUAGUCCGUUCAGUAGUUUUGGCGUGAAAGGGUAACCGACAUCCAUACAAACUUUCGCGUUCAAAAUAAUAGAAUAUGGGGUCAUAAUAUUACGAUGAUAGUCCUAAUAAAAUAUGUAGGUAUUCGUUCAAAGCUCUCGUUCGAAACAAACCGUUCGUUUUUCACCAGAUUUUCCACGUCCAUUUCCUCAACUCCCCAAAGUCAAAAAAUAAAAACUUUUUUUAAGAUAAUAAGUCGUUUUAAAGGUUUAUAAAGUAAAGCGAAAAAAGUUAUUCGCAUUUCAAAAUGGGCAGGGCUAAAUAACUAUGAUGGGGGGGGGGAUUGAGGAAAUAGACGUAAAUUAAGUUCAUUUAUGUCCAUUACGUUACAACAAUAUCUGAUAACAAAGCCACUCCUAAAGAAAAAUUAAAUAGGUAUUAAAUAAUAAUUAUGAAUAAUAAUAUUAUCAGGGCUUGUAAGUCUAUGCAUUUGCAUGUUUAUUUUGCUACGUAAGAAAAAAUGUUAGCAUUUUUGCUAAUCGAAGUACAAAUUUAUUUCAUAAUAUCUUGCCGUUGGUCGUACAACAGUAAUACUUACCGUUACCGAAUCCACAGUUUUUGAUGAGUUCACUUUUAAACAAUAAUGCACCCCGUCGAUAAUUUGUUCAUGAGUUAAUGCGCUCUUUUUGGCAUUUAAUACAAUAAAAAAAAUUAAAAACAAAUACUUCACAUAAAAUUAAAAAAACUAAAUGGUUAAUAAAUUGUUUGAUAUCCAAAAAUCAAACGUUAAAAAUAAGUAAUACGAAAUAUCAAUCUCAUGAAACGUGGAGUUCACAAUAAACUAUAUUAUAAUUACGUACUCGUAUAGUACAUUAUAAAAGUGCACUAUUUUGAUAAUGGAAAUUCACUACAAUCAGUAAUUUAUCAAACAAUAAUUCUAAUCUAAUCGUAUGUAUAUUUCAUAAAAUCCCUAAAUUGGUUGAUUAAAUGUGAUACUAUAUUUCUAUUUAACGAAGAAAUUAACGUAUUUCUGUAAAAAAGGUUUCUUUUGAUUUUUCGAUUAAAUCAUUUUUUUCUGGUAAAAACGUCGUCCGUGUUUUUAUAAAAUAACGAAAUCGUGCAAUUGUACAUUUUUGCCCCAUUUAAAUUCUUUUAUUUAAAAAAUGACGUCGAAAAUUAAAAAAAAAUGAUAUCUUUAAAGUACAAUCUAGAUAAUUGGAGCUUCAAGAAAAAGUGCUACACUUAUAAAUCGGAGCAAGUUUACUAGGAAAAAACGUGUCCACAGACUAGAACAGAGAAAAAAAAAAAUAAACAGCGUUAUAAAACCAAUAGCUACGCUCGGAAUCUCAAAGAAUAUAAAUGAUGAUUAAUAAUGUUAAAGUACAAAAUCAAUCAAAUUAAAAAUCAAUAUUGUACGACAAACUUAAUUUAAUAUUAUAACUUAUUUUACUGUUAUACGAUUGUCCUUUAGGUAGCAAUGUCCACCGUUCACCAGUUUCGUUAAUUUAUGUUUAAUAUAAAAUUGUAUACGUUUAAUUUCGACUAGGUGCCUAUUACACACGCAGUUAUGAUUACAAUUCGAUUAAAUGUCUAAACCUUAUUGACCGAGCAAAAAUCAGACAAUAUUACCUAUAACUGUGUGUACACAUUUCCGUCUUUUACGUUUCAUGAAACGUAAAAGACGGAAUUUCAAAAAUAAUACUAUCGAUCCGAAUCAUUGUAAUAAUAAUAAUAUCGGUUCGACUGAACGUCGUCGUAAUAAUGUUUACAGCAAAAUUGCCCCGGACAAUUUUAAUCCACGUUUUAUUCUUAAUACACAUUCCAAAAUGUGUCUUACGGGAAUUCGCUCCAAAUCGUUUUCCGUUAGCAAUUCGUUACGGGUACAAACAGAAAUUAAAUAACUUUGUAAAUUAUUAUUUAUAUUUAUUCGUUUUUCAUUAUUAUUUUUGCUCUAAAUAUCCAUUUGCCGACGGUAGAACAUUAAUCGAACGAGGACAUAAUAAGCUAUCUAAAAUGUUAUUUAUUAUUUUUUUUUCUGUAUUUUUUCUCUAAACCAAACAAUUCCGUGUAACUAUGCGCGUUACUUUUUUACGUAUUCUCACCGUAUAUUCACGUGAUCAACACUGAAACACGUGAAUGCGGAUCGCAGCAUCACGUGUAUGAAAACGUAAUGUAUUAUACGCGAGUAAAAUUCCACGGGUUCGCGGACUCCGUUAUUAAGUAUACAAAUAACGUGGGUACUAAAAUGCCAUACUGUAUAGACUUUAUUAUUACGAUUAUCGUAUUGUAUUUCGUUAAAAUAUAAAAUCAAGUGACUGGUACACGUGAACCGGGUGUUUCCCGGGCGAUCGCCACUGGCGGGAGGGUAUUUUUUUAAUAGCCGAGAAAAAUUUAAAAUGAAAUGCCGGGCAAAUAAAAAUCGCAUUGAAACUGGUCCCGCAGGUGACCGACGCCGUGGUAACCGUACCGGCGUACUUCAACGACUCGCAGAGACAGGCGACCAAAGACGCGGGCGCCAUCGCCGGACUCAACGUGUUGCGCAUAAUCAACGAGCCGACGGCCGCGGCGCUGGCGUACGGGCUCGACAAAAACCUGAAGGGCGAGAAGAACGUGCUGAUAUUCGACUUGGGUGGCGGCACGUUCGACGUGUCUAUCCUGGCCAUCGACGAGGGGUCGCUGUUCGAGGUCAAGUCGACGGCCGGCGACACUCAUCUGGGCGGCGAGGAUUUCGAUAACCGGCUGGUCUCGCACUUUGUCGCCGAGUUCAAGCGCAAGUGCAACAAGGACAUCGGUGGCAACGCGCGUGCCCUCCGCCGACUGCGGACUGCCUGCGAGCGGGCCAAGCGGACGUUGUCGUCCAGCACCGAGGCGUCGCUGGAGAUCGACGCCCUGCACGACGGUCUCGACUUCUACUCGAAAAUCACCCGGGCCCGUUUCGAGGAGAUGUGCAUGGACCUGUUCCGGUCCACGCUGGCGCCCGUCGAAAAGGCGCUGGCCGACGCAAAGAUGGACAAGGCGAGCAUACACGACGUCGUCCUGGUCGGCGGUUCCACCAGGAUACCGAAAAUACAGAAAAUGUUACAGGUAACGGACGGCGAAUAAUAUCAAUAAUUGUAUAUGCAAUAAUAAUAAUAUUGACGAGGGAUGUGGAGAGUCGGAGGUGCGGGCCAGAUGGACGGACGUGCGAGACAGUAAUUGGGACAGCAUGCUAAGGCCCGGUUGUACGGUUCGCCGGUCAAAUUGAGAUUACCAAAUCAAUGGUUUAAUCAGUUAAUCGCGCGUUAUCUAUACGUGUGUGUGUCGUACAGUGGAUGGUCAGGCGGCGAUUAGUUAUUCGGCGUUCUGUAUAUUUGCGAGUGGUUCUAUACAUAUUUGGUAACACUAUUUCCGUAAAACAAAUAUUAACUGUUCAUUUCCCUGAAAUGGGUGGAACUUUUUCAUUUUCCGCGGGUGUUAAGACGUUAAGAUCUGGCCCUGGGGCCAUGCCCCAACCCCACCUCCAUCAUGGGAGGUUAACUUGACCGACCUUUAAUCACUGACUUAAGAGUAAACCGGCACUGUACAACCGACGUAUAUCAAACCGUUCGAUUAAACGAAGGUCGAGGAUUAGGAUGACUCAACCAGAGUAGAGUCGAAAUCGAGGAAUGUAGCGGCCGAAGACGUUAGCCGUUGUAGCGAUAGGAAAUAUUUUUUAUUUUUUUUUUUUAUUAUUAUUAUUUUUCUCAAACCGUUCGCGUAUUUCGCCGCAGGACUUCUUUUGCGGAAAGUCUCUGAACUUGUCCAUAAAUCCCGACGAGGCGGUCGCGUACGGAGCCGCCGUGCAAGCCGCCAUAUUGAGCGGUGACACCAGCUCGGCCAUCCAAGACGUACUGCUGGUCGACGUGACACCGCUGUCGCUGGGUAUCGAGACUGCCGGCGGCGUGAUGACCAAACUGGUCGAACGGAACUCACGUAUACCGUGCAAACAACAGCAAACAUUCACUACGUACGCGGACAACCAAGCGGCCGUCACCAUCCAAGUGAGUGCGCAUCAUCAAAUAGAAUAGGCACCUAAUUAACAUUAAAAUUGAUUGAAAUAAGUAACUACAUAAACCUAACCAAGUUAAAUAACCGUAAAGGGCGUAGGUACAGCCACGGUUUUAAUUUAAGAGAAAACUUAUUAUUAGACAAUAAUUGUCUAACUCCCAGUAAAUAUGACCAUAAAAAAAAGAAAAAAAGAAAAAAAGAGGUCCUAGGAUAAUGGACACGGGUGUAGCCUCUGUUAUAGAUAAUUUAAUGUAUACCUGUAAGCAACGAUUAGCCAUUGUUUACUAAAAAACGAUUCUGAGCGGAGUUCAGUUGAUAGUGAUUAUUUUUCAACAAUAUAUGUGUCAUUUUAGAGUAAAACAAUUAAAUAGGCUUUAUAUAUUUUCUUUAAUAAUAUUUGUUUAACUAUGUUAUACCGAUUUUAUAAAUUUUCCUACGUUUAUCCCGGCUUUCCCAUAUUUUAUCCCGGGUUUGCACAUUUUCUGGGAAAACUCCUGAAAAAAUCGAAAAAUUACCUCUCUUAUGUACCUCCCUAGGGAAAUUUCCAUUUCGAAACUUUAUUACCAUUAAAAGUUGGAGCAAAAUUGCUGGUUGAAAAGUUGUUUACAGAAAAAAAGAAAGCCGUCAUAUACUUUCACUAAUACCUACAUUUCUUAUAAUUUCGAAAAAUAAUUUCCCCAAAGUACCUUCCCACACCGAUUUCCUUUUAGAAAAGGUGCUACAUUUAGAAAUCCGAGAAAGUUUUCUGGUAAAAAAGUUUUUGACAGAUAAAAAAAAAAAAAUAAACGUCUUUGUAAAACUAUAAGCUUCUACGCCCAACUCAGAGUCUAAAAUAUCCAUAACCCACGUUUAUUAAUAUCUUUGACAUGCCAUUUGCGUUGGCUACUGGUCGAGGGGUAUGUUAAUUCGUAAUUAUAUAAUAUAUAUUCGUGUUUCUAGGUGUUCGAAGGAGAGAGGGCCAUGACCAAGGACAACAACCUGUUGGGUACCUUCAACUUGACGGGCAUCCCGCCCGCGCCCCGUGGAGUCCCGAAAAUCGAAGUGACGUUCGAUUUGGAUGCCAACGGCAUUCUGAACGUGUCCGCCAAAGAAAUCACCACCGGCAAGUCGGAGCGAAUCACCAUAAAGAACGACAAGGGCCGGCUGUCCAAGGAGGAUAUCGACAAGAUGCUGAAGGAGGCGGAGAUGUACAGACAAGAAGACGAAAAACAAAAGGAACGGGUGACCGCCAGGAACCAGUUGGAAAGCUACGCGUUCAGCGUGAAACAGGCGGUCGAGGAGGCCGGUACAAAACUGUCGGAGACUGACAAGAAGAACACACUGGAAAGGUAAUGGGUAUCAAUAGUUAUUGAUAAACGUUAGCGCGACCAUUGAAAUUGUUGCCAUUCCCCUAAUAAACUGUAUACAAAUUCGUUUUCCCGUUUUUUACAAAGUAUAACCGUACCGUUUUUAAUUUUCAGACGAUUGAAAAUAUUCGAAUAAUAUUCGUAAUAUUAAAAACUAAAAAACAAUUUUUAUUCCUUUUAAAUUAAUUUCAGAUUCAGAGCGUAGAGAAGGGUCUACUGGUUUUACAUUGGUGUAUUUUUUUUGUACCUAUGGCUAAAUUUUCUACCAGAAAAUUUGCUCCUAAGUGUAGCGCCUUUUCUGUCGGUAUCUUUUAUCUAUUUGGUACAUUCAAGAGGUUAUGUUUUAAUUUUCUAAGGGAUUUUGUAAACGAUUGGGAAAAACCAAAAGAAAAUUAUAGGAAAAACGACAAAUACUUUCGGUACGAUGUGCCGCGUCGUUAAAGUUUUCAUUGUUUUUAAUUUUCGCAAAUUAUUUUUUCUACCAGAAAUAUUGGUUCAAUAAAAAAAUAACAAGAUAACGAUUUUGUUCCUUUCAACAAUAUUGCCACUGAAAAAGUAAAUUGUCUUUUUUUUCUUUUGGUCUAAUGUAUUUUUUAAAAUAAUUAAGAAAACCAAAAAACAGUAUUCCACGAAAAUAUGAUCGUUAUUUUAUCUUGAAAAGUAUAAACAUUUCGGGAAUUUUUUUUUUUACAAAUAUUUAAAAAUAUUUUGUUAAUUUUAUAUUUGUUACAUUAUUAGUUGUUUAUGGAAUGUCAUACAUAGAUUACGAUUUGAAAAUCAAAAGUUGGUAGUACAAAAAAAUAACAGUAAUCCGAUAUUUUAGGGAUUUUGUUUCUUAAAUUGUAUAAAAAAAAAUAUGAAAAAAAGUGUGCUUUCAAUAGAUUACAAUGGUCAUAUUAUUAUAUAUUCGUGGGGCGCCCUGUAUGUAGUGGAUUGAUUGCCGUCUUCCUUGACGCGGAGUUAAAACAAAUGUCUGUUGUCCAUUUAAAAGAAAAAUAAAAACAAGCAAAUUCAAUUUUUUUUUAAUUAAUAAAUUAAUGGCCAUCCGGAUAUUGUUUAUAUUUUAAUGAGAAUAUAUUGCGGUUUAUAGGUGUAAAGCCGUGAUCACGUGGUUGGAAACGAACACGUUGGCGGACAAAGAAGAGUUCGAAGACAAAUUGAAAGACCUGCAAAAAGAAUGUUCGCCGAUUAUGACUAAGCUACACCAGGCCGGCGCGAAAGGGCCGAACGUCGAGGAAGUCGAUUGAUCCGUAUAAUAUAUUAUAAUAAUUUAAUAAAUUAUCAAUUAACUGUUAUUUUAUGCCGUCGCGUGUAUAAUGUAAAUCGGAUUAGAAAACAAAACAAAAACAAAAAAUGUAAUACAAAUAAAGUACCUAUGUUAUUGAAUAUUAUUUGAGCACAUGUAUGCGUAUGUAUAUAAUAAUAUUAUUAUUAUUAAUAAAGAACAGAAUUUCG